UAGAACUUCUGUCAAAAAUUAUUUGUCUCUGGCGUCCGUGUUUGGGCGUAGGCAUUGGCAACAAAAAUAUUAAAAUUGUUGAUUUUUUCCGCCAAUUUUAAUUUUCAUUGCAUACAAUGGCUGAUUAUUUUCAAGAAAUGGGUUGGAGGGAAUUACAGGAUGGUGAACAACCAAAUCAUCUCCUUCACAUGGCAAGGUUCCUAAUAGAUUUCGGCGUAUAUGGAGACGAUUACUCCGGAGAAUGGCCGAGAUUACCACCAGCAGCAUCCAAAGAGGCUGUGAAAAACCUUCCAAUGAUUACAAUACAAACCAAAGACAAGAGCUGUACCAUAUGCUUAUUAAAGUUCAGAUACAAUGAAAAAGCAAAGGAAUUGCCUUGCCAUCAUGUGUUUCACAAAAAAUGUAUUUUAACAUGGCUAAAUCAGACUAAUUCAUGCCCCUUUUGCCGCUACGAGCUGCCUACAGAUGAUGAGGAAUAUGAGGCUUUCAAAAAAGAGAAAUUACGAGCUGAGCAAAGAAAAGAGGAUGUGGAAACUCUUCAUAAUUCCAUGUUUAGUUAAAUUUCCUUCCUAAAAUUAAUUUUAUUACGUUCUGGUACAUAUAUUUCUACAUUGGAUUUUUCCACACUUUGAGUGUACCCUAAUAACCUUAUGAAAAUAAAUAAAUUUUCGGUCUAGGUAACUUUUAGAAUUUUUGAUUGAUAAAAUCUUUAAAUACUAAACGAAGGUCAAUAAAAAAGAUAAUUUCUUAUUUACUUUAUUUACAUGUGAUGACACAAGAAGUAAAUCUGUGUCAUUUUCUCUAUCACUUGAAUAAUGUGAAAGUUUGAUUACAUGAUAACAUUACAGUUACAAGUAGUGGCUUUUUGUGAAAUAGCUUGUCCGGGCACACUAUCGCUAAGCUUAUCUCUGCUGCCAAGUAGCAUCGCUGUGUUCUGGUCUGAAGGAGGCACAUCAGGCUUAAAAUGAGCAUAAAUGCCCCUAGGAUGAUUGACAAAGGCGGAAAUUAGCAGGAUGUGUUCCUUGCCCUGCGAAGUUUAGCUUUAUAGGAUAUGCUUUUCCAUUAUCAUUAGGUUGGCGAUUUGAUUAGGCCAUCAGUUAUUACAAAAAAAAAACAUAAAUUAUCUUUUUUUGUUGCCCACAGUUAAAUCUAAAUGUGUGUAUGAUAUAUAAUACUACAUACUAAUAUUAAAUAUAAGCAAAACUUCUAUUACCCAUUACAUUUAAACUUUUAAAGUAAAAAGUUAUCUAAUGUAAUAACUGUUUAGAAUAUUUAAUCUUUGGUUUAAUUUACUAGGGUAGUUUGUGUAUAGAGAGUAUAGUGGGAGUAUAGAUGUAUAUAGUGGUGUGGUACUUCGGUGAAUUGUAUUUCAUAAACAACAAAAAACUUUUAGGUGAAUGAUUUUUGGUAGCUAUUAAACAUGAAAUGAAAGUACAUUUUCCAAUUUGAGAUGUUGUACGCUUCAACUUCUGCACUACUAAACAUUCCAUUUUGAAGGCCACAGCUAAAUUUCCAUUGAAUUCAGUUUCAUUUUGUUGUUACUUUAUUAUUAAGUUUGUAUUUCAGCUGUUUGCUUCUUUAAUCUAUUAAGGUGUUCUGAUAAAACACAUUGUUGUUUAGAGUUAUCGUUUAUAUUAUGAUUAUUAAAAAGUAUAAGCACUUUAA